AUGUCUUCCAUAAACGAGUUUGCGCACCUUAAAGUUCCCCUAGAAGCUAUAAAAUUAGCAACCAAUAACUUUGGUGACAACUGCUACAUCAGUGAAGGUGGAUUUGGUAAGGUCUACAAAGGAGAACUCUUUCACUUCGGUGAUCAGGUUAUGGUUGCAGCAAAGCGCUUAGAUAGAAGAUUCGGACAAGGGACCCCAGAGUUUUGGAAAGAGAUCAUGAUGCUUUCUCGUUACAGACAUGAAAAUCUCGUCUCUCUCUUGGGAUAUUCCGAUGAGGGUGGUGAGAAUGUCCUCAUCUAUGAAUAUCUACCUAACAAAAGCCUCGACAGGUAUCUUAGUAGCCCUAAACUCUCAUGGAUUCAACGCCUUAACAUAUGCAUUGGAGCAGCUUGUGGGCUAGAGUAUCUUCACAACCCCGGUGGGACUACACAAAGAGUGUUACACCGUGAUAUUAAAAGCUCCAACAUACUGUUAGAUAACAAUUGGAAUGCCAAAAUUUCAGAUUUUGGCCUUUCGAAAAUCGGACCUGCUAACCAAGAAUUCACAUUUCUUAUUUCUCAUCCAGCAGGUACCCCUGGGUACUGUGAUCCACUUUAUGUGGAUAAGGGGUAUUUGACAAAAGAAUCUGACGUCUACUCCUUUGGGGUGGUGUUAUUUGAAGUCUUGUGCGGAAGGCUUUGCAUAGCUAAUUACGAUGAUGGGCGUAGAUUUUUGUCAAAGUUGGCACAAAGCUGCUAUGAAGAAAACAAAAUGCGGACCAUUGUACUUGAUUGUCUGCAAGAUCAAAUAUCACCAGAUUGCUUGGAUAAGUUCUCCAAAAUUGCAUAUCAAUGUCUUCAAAGAAAUCAUUAUCAACGUCCACUAGUAGCUGAGAUCAUACAAGAACUUAACGCUGCCCUUGAAUAUCAAUUAAGGUAUGUUAAACCUGGUGAUAUGUCGGAGGAGGAGUUGAAAUCAUACUAUGAUAAAUAUCCCAAGAAACCUAUUCUUACACUUAUCAAAGGUCAUAUCAAGCGUAUCUUAUAUUAUGUGUAUAUUUGUCUAUCCAUAUAUGGUAUAGUUUAUGGGGUCCUAUUAUGGUAUUACAUGAUUGUGAAUGUAAAUAUGGCUCGAAGAAAGUUUAUAGACGCAUUUAGCGGCGAAGUUUGGAUUUAG